UUGUUAUUGGAUUUUUUUAUAUCAACCCAGUGUUUGCCACAGUGUUGGCGCAGUUCCUAAAACACCAGUGCAGCAGGCUACCUGUGGCGAGAACUCCGUUUCGAAUUUGGGGAGAAAAAAUAUAGUGGCUAUAAUUAACACCACCAGCGAGCACGAUGUCUCUGGUCGCCGAAACAGCCCAGCGCUCGUUGGAGGAGGAUUCUUUCAUCAUACUCGGCACCUCGCCGACACCGUCAAUGGAAAACUUUUCCCUCGAUGCGCCGGUGCCCUCGCAACAGCCAGCAUCAGUGGUGGAGCGCGAAAUAGCCGAAUCGGCUAAAUCUUUGUCCGUGUCCAAGAUGGAAACAUCCACCCAGCUCGAUUCGACCACCUACAGCCUGCUGACGAACGGUGCCGCAGUCAUGAAUGGAUCGACGAUUGCGUCGCAGACAGCAAAUCCGUCGCUGCAUGAAUCAUCCUCCCCCAAAGUGUCGAUGAUUGCGUCAACCGAACCGCGCUCGGUAAAAGGCUCGCUGAAUCGAAGCUUGCAAUCGUCGAUCGAAAACAAGGAAAAUGUUCCGCGCGAUCAGAUGCUGAUGUCCGGUAGCUAUACCCAACCCAACCCAACCGCUUCCUUCAUACUGGGCGAAACACAGUCGAUUCUGCACCAGUUUCCCAGCCUGGCCCAAUCGUCCGUAUCGUUCGAGGAGGUUCAGCUGCUGCAGAAGCUUAGCCUGGAGCACAGCCAGCUGAAGGAAAGUUUGCAGCGGGCAAAUGUGGCGAUGCGUAAGAACUUUGUCUCCAUACAGCACCUGCAGGACGAAACGAAGGCAAAGUACGCCGAGCAGGAUGCUCGCAUAGAGCAACAAAAGCAGAGGAUUGAUGAGCUGUCCGCGGAAAACGCACGGCUUGUGGCUGAACUGGAAGCGUUCCGCGCAGCUGCGAGUGAGAAGGAAAAGGAGCUAAGGAACUCGAACGAAGAGCUGAAAGCGGAGAUGGCCGAGGUUGGGCGUGUGCGUGAGGUGGAGCGUAAUGCGGCUCAAUCGGAGGUGGACGAGCUUCGCAAAGAAUCGUCCGAACGGCAGGCCAUCAUACAGAACCUGUCGAAGCACAUCGAACGGUUGGAGCUACAGAUCAAAGGCUUUGUGGUGGUGCAAAACAACCAACCGGAAAGUGGCGACGGAAAGGCGAACUACGUAUCGGAGGAAACUCACAAGCGGGAGCUGAAAGCGAUUGAGCGCCGUCUGUCGGUCGAGGUGGCCAAGAAUUUGGAGUUUGAAGAUAUGCGCAAUGUCUACGUUGAUGAGAUCAAUUGUCUCAAGGCGAACGUAAAGGCAGCGGAACAAGUGUACGCAGCCACCCGUGUCGAGACGCAGAAGCUGUUUGACGACAUCAAGUCCCGGGACGACAGCAUUCGGCAGCUGCGUGAGGAGAUUGCCGCACUCGAGGAGCGCCUGCAGAUGCUGACGGUGCAAUCGGACAUUUACCAGAAAGAUUUCGAAGCCGAACGUACCGCACGCGAAGAGCUGGCCGGUGAAAAGAGUCGUAUACUGUCGGAAUUUGAAGUGCUGCAGCGUCGUAACGUGGAGCUGACUACGCAGCUUUCGCAAACGGAAUCCGAGCGUGUGCAGACAGCAGAACGAGCUGCGAUAAUGGUACGGCAGGCUACCUCUAGCCUGGACACGACAGACAAUAAACCAUCCCCCGCAGAAGAGAAGGAACCGUUGAGUUUGUUGCGGUGUCCGUUGUGCCUGAAAGGGUAUCAGGAUUUUAGUUCGUUGCAGAGCCAUGCGGCUGACUGUAUGGGAAUAGAGUAGAAUGCAGCACGUCGCAUGAUGAUGUAGCCACGUAUUAUGAUGAACAAUUUAAUCGUUAAACCCUGAAUUGCUUAGCCAUAUUUGAAAAACAAUGAUAUGAAUUUAUUGAUGUUACAAUAAACGAAUCCUAAUGUAUGUAGAGGCAUGGUUGAAAUAAUCUAA